AAUGGGCAAAAAGACAACAUUACUCUUUAAGUUAGUGAGUUCAGCUGGCACUGGGUUUUAUUAUUAUGGAGAGAAAAGCACAAAGUAAUUGGAGCAUUAUUAAAAUAAGGAAAGUGGGCUCUAAAUUGAUUUUAAGAAAGUAUGAUCCAUUAGUAAACCAAUAUGUUAUAUUUACAGAGUCUAAAUUAGCAUCAGGAAAGAAAAAGUGAUUU